CACAUAUGAAAGGAAAUGCAAGCAAUCAAGCGUUAGCGGCUAUUCACGAAAGAUGAAACGAUUUAGGUCAUGUGGAAGGAAAGACGGAGAUGCGUAUUGCUUUGCUGAGGAAAGCAUGUUCACUGAUUCGACUACUCUUUACUCCUAAACAUCACCAAACCUCAUCUCUAUUAUGGAUCCAUUCACCCACUCAGAAGGGCUUUCACAGCGUCCGAUUCACAUUCAUCCAUUCCAAAUCGCUGUGGAGACCAGCAGACCAGUUUCAGGCAGUCUGACAAAAGAACAAAAAGAACUAGCAAGUGGAUUAAAAGAUUCAAAAAUCAAGCAAUUAAUUCCUGAAAAUGCAGUCUUUGUUUCUAAAAAAUUAUAUUCUGGCUUUUUGGAGCAUGUCGGUAGAUGCAUUUAUGGUGGAAUUGUGAAUGAUCCGGAACAAACUUGUUCGGAUGACUUGCUACUUCCCUUACCCAACACUUCAGUUGAUUGGCAUAAGGAUCGAUUAAAGGUUCGUAAAGAUGUGUUUGAAGAACUUUCAAUUGAACUUGGUAUUGAGGCAAAGGAAUGGUAUACACUUUCAAAAGAUCAACAAGCCUUACGUCCUUUACUUCGUUGGCCAGGCGGUAAUUAUGUAAGUAACUAUCAUUGGCAAGAUGGUAUUGGACCGAUACACAAACGUCCACAACGAAUCGAACUAGCAUGGCAUGGAACAGAAAGCAAUACAUUCGGAACUGAUGAGUACAUUGAAUAUUGCAGAAAGCUAGGCGUUGAGCCUUAUAUUUGUUUGAAUAUGGGCACUGGAACAUUGGAAGAAGCUUUGGCGUGGUUAGAGUACUGCAAUGGAACAGGAAACACUUAUUGGGCCAACUUACGUAGGGCAAAUACAGGCAAGGAAGAGCCUCAUAAUGUUCAAUAUUGGGGCUUAGGCAACGAGCUAUGGGGCGAAUGGCAAGUAGGCAGAAUGAAUGCUGUUGAAUACACACGUACAGCUCAAAGAUGGGCACAUGCACUCAAAUUAGUCGAUCCUACGAUCAAACUUGUAUCUUGUGGAAAAGAAGGAGGAUGCGAAUGGGAUUGGACUGUUUUACAAGGCUUGAACGGUUUGGUGGAUUUGCAUUCGAUUCAUUAUUAUACGAUGCUUGGUCAUCAGAAUCAUAUCCGAUCUGACGAGAAAGAUAACCUCGGCUCAUAUGAAAAGAAUGUCUUUGGCGCAGCAGCCGCUGAACAAUAUAUCACAACAUGUGUAAAAUUAAUCGACAUGGCUCAAAUGGAAGCAUACAAUGCGAUACCGAUGGAAAAGCUUCGAGAUAUGGUCAAUAAAAUGUAUCCUGCUCCUAUUGGAAUUUGUAUGGACGAAUGGAAUGUUUGGGACGAUCGUAAAGCAACUCCACAACGUGGUCUAGAGCAAGUGUACGAUUAUACAGAUAUGUUGGGCACAGUUGCAUGGCUUCAUGUUUUGGUAAGAAAUACAGCACGAAUGCCAAUUGCUUGUUUAGCACAAAGUGUCAACGUUCUUUCGCCUCUUUUAACGAAUUCCACUUCGACAUUACGACAAGGUACAUACUAUCCAGUCAGCCUGUUUGCCAAAUAUAUGUGUGAUGGUUAUCUAUUACAAGUACCUUCCUUGCCAGACAUUUAUACCGGACUGACUUUUCCAGUUUGGUCACAGGAAAUUGCUCGACCAGCAUACGUGGAUUUGGUAGCAAUUCUGUUACCAGGAAAAGGCGCAAUUCAUCUCAGUAUCCUCAAUCGACAUCCAACAGCAACUUGGCAGGCUCCUUUGCAAAUUCUUGCUGAAGAAUUCGAAAUUGAAAACAUUGAAGUUUAUUCAAUUUUCAACAAAGAUCUUCAAGCUACAAACACAUUCGAAAAACCAGACGCAAUCAUUCCGAAACAACAAACAAUCGAUGCACAAACAUGGCAUGAUACUAAAGGUCUAAUUCCUGUUAAGCCACAUUCAUGGUCUUUGGUGCUUUUACGUGGUGAGCUGGCAAGUUAAAAACAUUCCUUUAUUCUCGACGUAUGUAUUUACACACGAGUAUGAUUUUUAAUUCUCACUCUUGUUACACAUUAUGAUGUUUCUUGUCUGAACCCGUUGAAAUUCAAUCAG